UACCGCCACUGCGAUAACAUGUGCUUGAUCAUACUGGAGUAAGAGAAUCAACAACGUAGCAGUGUGGAUUGAUCGCUGAAGCUGAAAGCAACUAAUCCGCUGUUGAAUAAAUACAGCGCAAAUAAUAAAGUGUACAUAAUUUUAAUUAAAUACCUGAUAUACUCUUAUUAUUUAACUUCGAAAUGAAGCGAUGCAAUUUUGCACUUUGUUUAUCAGUUUGGCUUUAUUGGUGGGGAACGUUGGUCAUAGUAUGUGAGUCAGCGGAAUGUAAUUGUGAUAAUAAUGUGUCAAAUGCUCUACGGAAAAUACAACACGACGUUAAUCUGUUGUCCGCUGCAAACUCGGAGUUACGUGUACGGAUGUCGGAUCUUAACGAACGCUUAAACGAUCAGCGUGAACUUAUAGCAGAGCUGCGCAGCAAAAGUGGAACAAACGACAAAACACCCUUUUCAACAACACCUAAAAUUGACGUGCGUGAUAUAUUUGAUAUACCUGAAAGCACAAAAGAAACUGUGGAUAUUUGCUCCGGUCGACAACGUCUGCCGCAAAGUUGUGCCGAGGCAACAGCAAACACGCGCAAAAGUGGUCGUUACACCAUUCAAGAUGAUCUUGCUGGCCCCACACCUUUUUGGACUUCCUGCGAUGAAGACCUUUAUGGUGGCGCUUGGACCAUUAUACAACGACGUCAAGAUGGUAAAAUCGAUUUCUUGCGCAAGUGGGCUGAGUAUAAAGAGGGGUUUGGAAAAAUUGAUGGUGAAUACUGGUUUGGCAUGGAUCGUCUACACGCCAUGACUACACGACAUGCACAGGAGCUGCUUAUCAUUAUGGAGGAUUUCGAUGGUGUGCGUCGUCAUGCCAAAUAUAAUGAGUUCGCUAUUGGUGAUGAAAGUGAAGCUUAUGUUUUGAAGUUGUUGGGCAAUUACAGCGGUGAUGCUGGUGAUUCCCUGUCCCAUCAUGUUGGCCACAAGUGGAGCACAAUCGAUCGUGACAACGAUAUAGAUCCCACCAACUGUGCGGAGAGAUUCAAGGGCGCCUGGUGGUACGCUAAGUGUCAUGUGAGCAAUUUAAAUGGGCUUUACUUACGUGGGGCUUAUCCACAAGAGAAGUUUGCCCAAGGUGUGGUUUGGCAUGAUUUUAAGGGCUUCAAUUAUGCCUUGAAAUUCUCACAAAUGAUGAUAAGACCGAGAAGAAUGUAAUUUAAAAUAAAU